UUCUUCAUGGUAGCCGAGAGGCCACGCCCCCGAAUCGUGGAGGGGAGAGAGGGAGAGAGACGGAGGGAGAGAGAGAGACGAGAAGCGGAUCCAGUAACAAUCGAUACCUCAUUACGAACCGGGCCGAAACCCCGAGUCGAUAUCGGAUUGAUUGAAGAUCGGUCGCGUCUCCUGCGGUGUGUGAGCCGCUUGCGAUCAUCGCUUCUUAUAACUCCAGACUGUUUGAAUACAGCAGCGUGUGUGCUGCUGCCGCCGGGGCGCUGUCACCAUCAGGAUCAUCAUCGUUAUAUCGUUAUUAUUAUACUGUUGUGUUAUUUUCUUUUCGGUUUGGUGCAGGCAGACAGAUCGGCAGAGAGGUAGCGAGUCUCUGUCUCUCUCUCUCUCUCUGAAGACGCACCGACCUCCCCCGACAGGGAGGUGAAGGAGACUGGUGUAGCGAGGGGCAGGGCGGCUUGCACCGGGGCACUAACUAAGGGAGAAGCCGGGAGAAAGCGCUGCAAACGGGGAGGGAGUGAAACGCAGAGGCCGGCUCGCCUGCCAUUGCUAGGGCAGGUUAGGAGACAGACAGACGGACAGGGAGACAGACGGACAGGGAGACAGACAGACGGACAGGGAGGCAGACAGACGGACAGGGAGGCAGACAGACGGACAGGGAGACAGACGGACAGGGAGACAGACAGACGGACAGGGAGACAGACAGACGGACAGGGAGGCAGACAGACGGACAGACGGACAGGCGGACAGGCGGACAGACAGGGUUUACACAUUAGUACUUUAACACUGGUUCAGAUAAUUCAUAUUUCCAGCAGUAAGGAAGGGGCGAAGGGUCGAUAAUCGCAGUUGAGCGCUUAUUAAUAUUAAUAUUAAUAAUAAUAAUAAUAAUAAUAACAGUAUUUUUUUGGCGUUGUUGUUGCUAUUGGUGAUCUGGCCCGUGUUUUCUUAACGGAUCACUCAGUAAGGAAGGUUGUUAAUAUUUUUCUAUAUCGCACAGUUGAUUUUUUUUUUUUUUUUAAUAAAUCCAGCCCUGUGAUAAAUGUGAAGGUGUAAAGGACGUGUAUUAUCAGAGCGGAUCUCCCAGCAGCAGGAUUGUGGCAGGCCCGUGUUUCAUUCAUACCUCGAGUUCAGAUCGCCGCGCUGGAGUUCAGUUUGCUGACCGGCCGGCUCGUAUCUGAUCGUGCCCGGCGGCUCUGUGUGUCGUGCGCAGCUUUCAAGAAGUCCUUCUCCUUUUAUUUCAUUCAUAUUGCUAUUCGCAGUACUGUUAGUAGUAGUAUUUUUUUUAAACGGCAGCUUCUGAAUUCGUAUCGUUAUUAAUAUUAAUAAUUAGUAUUCUAAGAGCGAAGAUCCCGGCGGCAGCAUGAGUAUCGAAAUCCCGGCCGGGCUGACGGAGCUCUUGCAGGGCUACACGGUGGAGGUGCUGCGGCAGAGGCCUCCGGACCUGGUCGAGUUCGCGAUCCAGUAUUUCACCCGGAUCAGGGAGACCCGCAGCCAGGACGGGGCCGGGGCCGGCGGGGUGAAGCCGCUGGGCAAGGAGGUGAGGAUUUCUGAAGGCGAGCCCAUGCAGACCGAGUCGAACGGGGACGAUGCGGAACAGGACGAGGACGACGAGGAUGAUGAUUCCGAUUUCGAACCUCCAGUCAUCAACAGGUUCAGCAGGAGAGUCUCAGUGUGUGCGGAGGCCUUUAACCCCGAUGAGGAGGAGGAGGAUACUGAACCCCGAGUCGUGCACCCCAAAACAGACGAGCAGCGCUGCCGGCUGCAGGAGGCCUGCCUGGACAUCCUCCUCUUCAAAAGCCUGGACCCGGAGCAGAUGUCCCAGGUUCUUGAUGCCAUGUUUGAGCACAGGGUGCAGCCGCAGGAGCACGUCAUCGACCAGGGCGACGACGGAGACAACUUCUACGUGAUUGAGAGGGGCGUGUACGAUAUCUUGGUGCAGAAGGGUGAGCAGAGUGUCUGCGUGGGGCAGUACAAUAACCGGGGCAGCUUCGGAGAGCUAGCGCUCAUGUACAACACACCACGCGCUGCAACUAUCAUAGCGACCACAGAGGGGGCGCUGUGGGGUCUGGACCGCGUGACAUUCCGGCGGCUCGUCCUCAAGAACAACGCCAAGAAGAGGAAGACUUACGAGACCUUCGUCGAGUCCGUGCCCCUGCUCAAAUCACUGGAGUUGCAAGAGAGGAUGAAGAUUGUGGACGUGAUCGGUGUGAAGAACUACCAGGACGGGGAGCGCAUCAUCACUCAGGGGGACAAGGCAGACUGUUUCUACAUCGUGGAGUCCGGAGAGGUGAGGAUCAUGAUGAAGAGCAAGACGAAGGCAGACCAGCAGGACAAUGCGGAGGUUGAGAUUGCUCGCUGCUCGCACGGACAGUAUUUCGGGGAACUGGCCCUCGUCACCAACAAGCCCAGAGCCGCCUCUGCCUACGCUGUGGGGGGCGUCAAGUGCUUGAUAAUGGAUAUCCAGGCGUUCGAGCGGUUGCUGGGCUCCUGCAAGGAGAUCAUGAAGAGGAACAUCUCGCACUAUGAGGAGCAGCUGGUGGCGCUGUUUGGAUCCAGCAUGGACCUGCGGGACUAGAGCCCUGAGUCCACAUCACCACCACCACCACCACCACCACCACUGCUGCUGCUGCUGCCUGUGCCUUCACUACCCAGAGACGAGAGACAUCUUACCAAACUAGAGACCCUAACCACAGUCAUCUUACCAAACUAGAGACAAAAACAGAGACCCCACACUGACCCAGACAGAGACAGAGACCCUGUCCGACUUUAGAGAGACAGAGACAUCUUACCAAACUAUAGACCCCAACCACAGGGACAUAUUGCCAAACUAUAGAAAGAGACAUUAUACCCUGACCAAGAGACCCUGUCCAACUAUAGAGACUGAUACAUCUUACCAAACCAGAGAAAUUCUGACCUAUAGAGACAGCAAGACAUCUUACCAAACUAGAGAGGAACAGAGAGACAUCUUACCAGACUACAGAGAGGAACAGAGAGACAUCUUACCAGACUAGAGAGAGGGACAGAGAGACAUCUUACCAGACUAGAGAGAGGGACAGAGAGACAUCUUACCAGACUAGAGAGAGGAACAGAGAGACAUCUUACCAGACUAGAGAGAGGAACAGAGACAUAUUACCAAACUACAGAGAGGAACAGAGACAUCUUACCAGACUAGAGAGAGGGACAGAGAGACAUCUUACCAGACUAGAGAGAGGAACAGAGAGACAUCUUACCAGACUAGAGAGAGGAACAGAGACAUCUUACCAGACUAGAGAGAGGGACAGAGAGACAUCUUACCAGACUAGAGAGAGGGACAGAGAGACAUCUUACCAGACUAGAGAGAGGAACAGAGACAUCUUACCAGACUAGAAACGGAGACUGAGACCCGACAGGGGGAGUGAAGGGGUACAGUCUGUAUGGGGUUACAGGGGGAGUGAAGGGGUACAGUCUGUGUGGGGGUACAGGGGGAGUGAAGGGGUACAGUCUGUGUGGGGUUACAGGGGUGGUGAAGGGGUACAGGGGGGUUUGCAGCUUCCUGGUAACCCUUGACAGACUUUGGGCAUGUAGAGUUCUAUUCUUGAAUUUGAGUGAAGCGUUUCUGUGAGCUUCCCUCGAGUCAGAGUGGGGCUGGCAUCCCCUUUAACGUGGGGGGGGCAGAAAAUAAACUUUUAUUUUAAGGAUAUAUAUGUUUUAAUUCAGUAGAAUGCAGUUACAGGAGCAAGCCACAAUAAAAUAUAGAAAAUAAAGUUGAAAAUGUGAUGAAUUAUUAAAGGGGGGAUUUUUCUGCUUGCCUUCCACCGCUCACACUCCACAGCGACCCCUCCCCACCCUUCUGUAACCCCCUCUCCCAGCCUGUGCUGGUCAGGGUGGGGCGGGUUAGGGCGAGCGCAGUGCUGGUCAGGGUGGGACGGGUUUUGUUCCAGCAGCAGAUCCAAUCACUAGUGUGCGAGGAGGGGCGGAUCCUGUUUAAGCUCAGGACUGGGUGCUUGGGGCUCUGCCUGGUGAUUGGCUCGCACUGCUUGUUCUUAUUAAUAUCACAGAAUGAAUGUAAAGCCUGGCCCGGCUCACAUCUGCUCUUUGCAGUGCCACUCUUAAACCUGGACUGGAGCUGUCCUGCAGGGUCGGAGUCUCCCUGUAUCCCUGCUCCCAGUCUCUCACACUCCAGUCCAGUCGAGUCCAGCUCCGGGCUUUCACUCCAGGAGUUCAUUCCUCUCUGGCUUACCCCAGCCAGGUCCAUGAGCGCUGUCGUCUUUUAAAAAUGCAUUCAAAUGUAAACCCUUUCAGCCCUGAAUCACUGCUGUCAAGCUGAAGAAUGCGACGUGAAGUUUUAUAUAAUGCAGAAAGGAUUUAUUGAGCAUACAUGAGAACAGGACACAGUUCAUAUUUUUUACAUACAGUAGCUUGUGCUAAAUGGGAUUCAGAGUCCCCGUGGGUUCUGUAAGAACUGUCAACGCAUUGGGUCCCGUCAGCACUGAAAGGGUUAAUGGACCUGGUUGGGCUGAAGCGCUGCCCCCGACACUCCCUCUAGAGGGCGCCACCACGCAGCCACUCUGACAGAGAACGCUCCUACUUCAUUUUUAAAAAAACUAAACAAAAUAUAUAAAAAAAAUUCAAAUCUUUAAUAAAAGUUACUUUGUUUUGGUGGAUGAAAGAAAACAGUUAUUGAAAUCUGAUGUUAUUACCGUUCUUAUUAUAAUUAUUCUUGUUAUUGAUGAAAAUGCUGAUUCACUUUGUGCUGUUGAUGACAAAAAGAAAUGUGUUGGAGUUCAAUUAUAUUCUUUACACUUUUUGGACAAUAAAAAAAACAAUUCUUGCUUA